GAAAACGAUCUCUGGUAAGGUUUUGCUACUCUGCCAACAUCUCGUAUACCAGCAUUGGUUAACUGCAUAAUUUUUUUUAAAUAGGCUGAAAAUUCCCGAACGGUAACAGCUCUCUCCAAAGUUUUCUCUACCAGAGAAAUUUGAAGUUGUCCAAAUGUAUGUUUUUGAAGCACAUACAUGGAUCUGGAGCACCAAUCUAUUUUCUAUCCAGGUAAAAUAAAAAACAAACACCCAAAUUCAUUAUACCAGAGAAAAACUACCUUACACGCUGCCGAUCGCGUCCAUUCUUUACCAAUAUCAUUAUCCUUGGCAGAAACAAAUAUGUAAAUGACCAUAAAACCACUUCUCAGGGCAAACAGAGCGGGAGUGUUAUACUGUCACUGUGGUACAUCUAAAUUGAAUAACAAUGCACAUUUCCAACGCUUCAGUUGUACUGAUACAAUGCCAAUAUCAGUUCCAUCCACUGCCAAUUUCAAUCUCUAUCUUAAUCUCAGAGCAUUAUGUAGGGAAGAGCGAUUGAAGGACGCGCUACACAUUCUUCUUACUGCACACAAAACCCCAGUAAACUCUUCGACAUAUCUUCUGCUAUUGCAAACCUGUAUUUCCAAGAAAGCCCUUGCAGAGGGUAAGCAAAUUCAUUCUCACAUCAAUGAGAGGCAAUAUAAGUUUACCACCGACAGAAUUUUACAGAAUACACUAAUACAGAUGUUCGAUAAGUGCGGAAGUUUAGUUGAUGCACGCCAUGUGUUUGACCAAAUGACUGAGCGAGAUGUCUGCUCGUGGAAUAUGAUAAUUGCGGCUUACAAAAGACAUGGAUAUCCUCAUGAGGCAAUGACAUUGUUUCAUCAAAUGCAACAAAUAGGUGUCCAGCCCGAUCAGUUCACCUUUGCCAACGCACUUCAAGCCUGUGCCAAACUAAGAGCUUUGGAACAGGGUUUGGACAUCUAUCAAAGUAUAGUGGAGAGCGGAUUUUUGUCAGAUGAUAUAGUUGCAAAUGCCCUUCUACAUAUGUAUGCAAAAUGCGGAAGCAUACACAAGGCGCGUGAACUGUUUAAUAAAAUGCCUCGAAAAAACGUUGUCUCAUGGACUGCAAUGGUGGCAGGAUAUGUGCAGAAUGGUGUUCUUGAUGAGGCUUUAAGACUUUUCAAAGAAAUGCCUCAAAGAAAUGUCGUAUCAUGGAAUGUGAUGAUUGCAGGAUAUUCACAAAAUUGUUUUGUUGAAAAAGCCUUUGAAACUUUUAAGCAAAUGCAAUUAGCAGGCGUAACACCAGUCUCCAUAACCUUUGCCAGUAUUCUAUCAGCUUGUGGCAAAGUGGGAGCUUUGAAACUGGGAAUGAACAUCCAUCAAAGAAUAUUGGAAAGUGAAUUUUCAUCUGAUGUUUUAGUUACAAAUGCAUUGAUAGAUAUGUAUGCAAAAUGUGGAAGCAUACACAAGGCAUAUGAACUGUUUGACAUAAUGCCUGAUAAAAAUGUGGUCUCAUGGAAUGCCAUGAUUGGAGGAUAUGCACAGAAUGGUUUUCUUGAUGAGGCUUUUAAUCUUUUCAAAGAAACGCCUCAAAGAAAUGUUAUCUCAUGGAAUACAAUGAUAGCAGGAUAUGCACAAAAUGGAUUUGUUGAAAAAGCCUUGGAAACUUUUAGACAUAUGCAAUUGGCAGGUGUAAAGUCAAACUCCACAACCUUUGCCAGCAUCCUUCCAGCCUGUGCGAAAAUGGGAGCUUUACAACAGGGUAUGGACAUCCAUCGAAUCAUAAUGGAAAGAGGAUUUUCGGUAGAUGUCGUUGUUGCAAAUGUCCUAGUAGAUAUGUACGCAAAAUGUGGCAGCAUACACAAGGCAUAUCGACUAUUUGAGAAAAGGCCUGGAAAAAAUCUGAUCUCAUGGACUACAAUGAUUUCAGGAUGUGUACAAAAUGGCUAUGUUCAGAGUGCCUUGAAAACUUUCAAGCAAAUGCGAUUGGCAGGUAUAAAGCCAGAUUCCACAACCUUUGUCAGCACCCUGCAAGCUUGUGCCAAAAUUGGAGUAUUAGAAAACAGUAUGGACAUUCAUCAAAACAUAAUGGAAAUGGGAUUUUUGUCAGAUGUUGUAGUUGCAAAUGCCCUGGUUGAUACUUAUACAAAGUGUGGAAGCAUACACAAGGCACGUCAACUAUUUGACAUAAUGCCUGAAAAAAACGUGGUCUCAUGGAAUUCUAUGAUUGCAGGAUAUGCACAAAAUGGUUUUAUUGAUGAGGCUUUAACGCUUUUUAAAGAAAUACCGCAAAAAAAUGUGGUCUCAUGGAAUGCGAUGAUUGCAGGAUAUGCUCAAAACGGAUUUCCUGAGAAGGCUUUGGAAACUUUGAAACAUAUGGAAUUGGCAGGUGGAAAGACAGAUUCCAUAACCUUUGCCUGCAUCCUUCCAGUAUGUGCCAAAGUGGGAGCUUUGGAACAAGGUAGAAACAUCCAUCGAAGCAUAAUUGAAAGGGUUUUUUUGUCAGAUAUCGUAGUUGCAAAUGCCCUGGUAGACAUGUAUGCAAAAUGUGGAAGAUUACACAAUGCAUGUUACCUGUUUGACAAAAUGCCUAAAAAAAAUGUGGUCUCAUGGACUGCAAUUAUUGCAGGAUGUUCACAAAAUGGAUUUGUUGAAGAAGCCUUGAAAUUUUUUAAGCAGAUGCAAUUAGCAGGUGUAAAAUCGGAUUGCACAACCUUUGCCAGUAUUCUCCCAGCCUGUGCGAAAAUGGGAACUUUGUUAGAGGGUAUGGGCCUUCAUCAAAGCAUAAUAAAGAGUGGAUUUUUGUCAGAUUCUGUAGUUGCAAGUUCCCUGAUAGACAUGUAUGCCAAAUGUGGAAGCAUACACAAAUCAUGUGAACUCUUUGACAAAUUACCUCAAAGAAGUGUGAUCUCAUGGAAUGUUAUGAUUGCAGGAUAUGCACAAAAUGGCUUCUGUAAGGAUGCUCUAAAACUCUUUAAACUAAUGAAGCAAUCUGGAACAAACCCUGACCAUGUAAGCUUCGAUUGUGUUUUAUUAGCAUGCAGCCAUGUAGGUUUAGUGGAUGAGGGCUGUAAAUACUUCAAUAGCAUGACUGACUCUUAUUGCAUAAAACCUACAAUUGAUCAUUAUGUGUGCAUGGUCGACCUUCUUAGCCGCGCUGGCCAUCUUGAAGAAACUCUAAACUUAAUUAUCAAAAUGCCAAUUCAACCUGUGGUGAUUGUGUGGACGUGCUUGCUUGGUGCUUGUAGAGCAUAUAAAAAUUUAGUGUUAGGAAUAUUUACAGCAAAUCUUCUUUUUGAGCUGAAUCCUGAAAGUGCCGGAACUUAUGUUCUUCUGUCAAACAUCUAUGCAGAAGCAGGCAGGUGGGGUGAGGUUCAAAUAAUAAGGAGAUUGAUGAAAGAUAAGGGGGUUAGAAAGAGCCCUGGGUGUAGUUGGAUUGAAGGCCAUAAAACAGUACAUGCUUUCUGUGUAGGAGACAGAUCACACCCACAGACACAAGAAAUUUAUGUUAAGUUAGAGAAAUUGUCGUGGGAGAUGAAGGCAGCAGGGUAUAUUCCAGAUUCAGAACAUGUACUGAGUGAUGUGGAGGAGGAGGAAAAAGAAUUUUUUGUCUUCCACCAUAGUGAGAAGUUGGCAAUUGCAUUUGGAUUGUUAAACACACCCCGUGGAACAACUAUUAGAGUUGUCAAAAACCUUCGAGUGUGCGUUGACUGCCACACUGCAACCAAGUUCAUCUCCAAGAUUGUUGCAAGACAAAUUGUUGUGAGGGAUGCAAACCGGUUUCAUCAUUUCAAACAGGGGCAAUGUUCUUGCGGAGAUUAUUGGUGAUGCCAAGCAAAGCAACUUGCAAAAAUAAGCUUGCACUAUAUAAGGUGCACUACAUCAAACCCGCAGUGAUAAUGGCCAUGCUGUUCACUUUGAAAAUCAAAUGUAUAGCAUGCAAUAUGUUUCACUGACUAUGUAUAAUGAAGGCAUAUUUGGCCCUUCUUUAUGAUGUCAUGGUAGUGUCAUGAUAUUGAUUUUUUUUCUAAAAAUCCAUCAAUGACUGGAAUGGAAAGCUGGAGAGGGUGGAGAAAAUUAAAAAGAAAAGGGGAGAAACACAUUAGAAGAAAUGGAAAGAUGCUUACAACAAGAACUGCGAGAGAAGGGCUUGCAAUCAAUCCAAUGCCCGGAGAUGAUGGGGAGAGCAUCUCUUGAUGAUUUUUCACUCCUACCUUGGUCAUUUUAUAUAGUUCUUUUGUUUGGAUUAAUUGUAUUAUUUUAUGCUUAUGUCAACUUACAUUACACAAUCAGUUUUCGAGCAUUUGAUCCAUACGGUUUUCCAAUAUGGCAGAACUGGAUAUUCACUAGCUUGACAUUUAUGUGAUCAU